CGCGCGGAGGCCACACCCAUCGGCGCGCCGAUCCGGCAGCGAGUCGUCGGCGGCCGCGCGCUCCAGCCGAGCCUCCGCCCGCACCGAGUCCGGAGCCGGGCCGCACCGGGGAGGGGCCGCUCCGGCCGCAGCGCGAGGGCACGAGGGGCGGCGGGGAGCCGGCACCGGGCGCGGCCGGCGCAGCGACCAUGAUCGCUUUGUUCAACAAGCUGCUGGACUGGUUCAAGGCCCUCUUCUGGAAGGAGGAGAUGGAGCUCACGCUGGUCGGGCUGCAGUACUCGGGCAAGACCACCUUCGUCAACGUGAUCGCGUCGGGACAGUUCAAUGAGGACAUGAUCCCCACCGUGGGCUUCAACAUGCGCAAGAUCACCAAAGGGAACGUGACCAUCAAGCUCUGGGACAUCGGGGGACAGCCCCGCUUCCGCAGCAUGUGGGAGCGCUACUGCCGAGGAGUGAGCGCCAUCGUGUACAUGGUGGAUGCCGCUGACCAAGAGAAGAUUGAGGCCUCCAAGAAUGAACUCCACAACCUACUGGACAAGCCCCAGCUGCAGGGCAUCCCGGUCCUAGUCCUGGGCAACAAGCGAGACCUCCCGGGAGCCUUGGAUGAGAAGGAGCUGAUCGAGAAAAUGAAUCUGUCUGCCAUCCAGGACCGAGAGAUCUGCUGCUACUCCAUCUCCUGCAAAGAAAAGGACAACAUCGACAUCACCCUACAGUGGCUUAUCCAGCACUCAAAGUCACGGAGAAGCUGAGACUGCGGCCCCGCCCCCUCGGACCAGGGACCGCCCUCCGGAUCUGAAGCCGAGCUCCCGCCCCCUCCCCCCGCCGCCCCCCAAGCCCACCCCUCCUUACUUGGUGUGGGGAGGGGCCCUCUGGGGGUCCCAGAGUCCUGUUCUGCUGAGGUUUGAACUCCCGAUUUUAUUGUAAAAUAAAUUGCUCCCCUCCGGUCCUCUAACCUCCCCCCUCCCCUCUCCCUUUGUCUCUCCGCCGCCCUGCUUCCCUCCCUCUCUGAAGCCCCGCCCCACAGCCCCGCCUCCUCUCCUGUCCCGCUCCCGGCUUCCCUUUCCCACACUCUUCUGUUAUUGUCCUGUGUGUACAGUAUAUAUAUGUAUAUAUAUUUUAAUUUUUUAAUUUAAGCAAAGACUAAAAUCAACCAUUUGAUGCUGCAGGGGCCAGUCAGGAUCUGGGAGGGGGCGGUCUGGAGAGAAGGAGAAUAGCGGGGUUAGCUGGGGCCGGUUCAGAUCAGGAAAGGUGAGGCUGGCACAGGGGCAGGUACCAGCCCAGGCACGGGUGUCCGUCCCCACGUCCCGUUUGUCUCCACUUCCCAGUCUGGCCUGUCUCCGCAGUGUUUGAAUGUUACAGGCUGACGGGAGCUUCCGGAGACGCCCUUCUCUGCCCCCAGCCUCAGCAUGGCCACCAGGCACAAGCAGGCGCCGGAGACCGGGGGCCGAAGGGGCAGGAGGCCAGCGCCCUAGCAGCCCCUCCCGCCUGUUCCUGGCUCCCAGCUCCGGGCCGUCACCUCCACGGGCCACCUCAUUUUCUGUUCUCGUUUUGCAGAGUUGCACAAGGAGAGAACUCGGCAUGGGGGGUUGGUUCUUUGGGUUUUGUUUUCUGUUUGUUUAAUGAUUUGUAAAGUGAUGUCCCUCUUCCUUUUUUACACUUUUCAGCUCAUAUUUAACCUCUGUUUGGAAAAUGAUUCUUGUAUCUGUACAUUUUUUUGCCUCCUAACAACAACAAGAAUAAAUGACAAUUUUGUGUUGGG